AUGUUCCCGAGAACCAAAAAACAGAAGCUGACAAUGGAUGUUGUAGGCUGCACAAAACUCCGCCGGAAUCCAGACCCUCCUCGAUGUAUGAUUGCCUGCCCACCAUACACACCGGAAACAUCACCAGCUAACAUGAGAUGGAUAGGCGGAAAGGGAAGCUCAGAAGAUAGUUCAGACUGGUAUGUCUCCCACUACGGCUGUCGACCCUACCGCACGAAGCGCAUAAAGGACGCCAAGACAGAAGCGCAGAAGGAGAUUGAAGACUACAAGAAACAAAAGGAAGAGGAAUUCCGAAAAUUCGAAGCUGAGCACUCGAGCGGAAACCAGAAAGCCGAAAGUGACGCAAACAAAGAUGCAGAGGCCCAGCUCCUUGAAAUCAAGAAAUCCGGGAAAGAUAAGGGCAACAAGGUCGUCGAAGAUCUCAUCAAGACUGUCCUAGAUGUCAACCCCCAGGUCCCAGAGAAGCUAGCUAAGAAAGCUUAA